CAUGAACUUUGCAUCAGCGGUCGAUCGGCAACCCUAAUUUAAAAAUUUUAUAAAUUUAUAUAAUUUUUUUAGAAAUUUUUGGUAAAUUAAAAUGUAUACUGUAUCCAAGGGACCUAGCAAGAUUGUUGCCAAAACAAGAAGAGGUCUUUCACAAAAUUUGGAACGUUUGGAUAGCCGAAAGGAUUAUAAUAGGAAGUCAUCUGAUUCUGAUAAUGAUGAAAUUAUAAGUAUGCCUAAGCCAAUUUUUCAUUCCAACGGAAAGAAGACUUUACACCAAAGAAUACAACAUAGUGUUUUAACUCCUCAACAUGAAGAAAUGAUAAGAUACAUAAAUGAAACUUGGACUCAAACAGCAAACUUUGAUAGUGAACCAUCAACCCCUACAAGUACAAUAGGUUCAGGCAGUUCAUCACCUGCCCCAUCCACAAGCCUAUAUUAUCAAGAUGAUGAACCAAGCCCAGUUCUUCAGGAUUUCAAGCCUUUCGACCUUGAUACUUGGUGGGGCAAGAGACUGUUCCAAAACAUCACAAACUCCCUAUGAAACAAGACCUGAUUUAAAUAAAAUCUUUGGUAGCGUAAGUCACAGUCAAGUGUAGUUUACUGAAUGAUUUAUAUAUUUUUUACAUUUCUUGUAUUAAGCGAACUGUAAUGUGAGAAAAAUAAUUAUUGAGGAUCUUAUAGGACUAUAUAUUUACAUUUUAAAUCUAUCUAAAAUGAUGUUGUAAUCAAAUUUUAGAUUUGAACAAAUCACAUCAGACAAACCAAAGAAUGCUGUAUAUUUUUGUAUCAAUGUUGGUUGAGAAUUUAUCACAAGGAUUGAUAUCACAUUGCAGGAUCUAAAAAUUGGCAGAUAUAUUUAUUUAAAAUAAAUGCAAUUUUAACCAUUUGUAAAUUUAGUAAUCUACAUUUGAUUGUGGAUCUCAGUAGGUAACACUAUCUUAAGAUGAAAAUUUUCCAAAGCUCAACAUUUUUUUUCCAUUUUUGAACCAAUAUUCUAUAAGAUUUCUUUAUCAUGAUCAGUUAUAUAUUUUAUAUGUUUUAAACAUUUUAUCUGUAAUAUAUUGUUUAUUGUUACAUGUUUUUGUACCUGCCGAAGCUGGCUUGAUGAAUUAAUUUACAAAAGAACAUAUAUUAGUUUGCACAACAUACCUAAAGCUUUCCAAAGAAGUGCCUCGCUACUGUGAAAUAGAGUUUAAUAUUGCCAGUUACUAGUUACAUAAGAAAUUAGUUUAAAUAGAAUAAUAGAGACUGUGUCCUCACAAUGAAAUAUGUAUCUUAUUCAAUACAAACUUAAUGAUAAUUUCUACUUAAUUGGUAGAAAUCUCUUUGUAUAAUCUUUGUUAAUUUUUACAAAUCAACCUAUCAUUUGGCAAAGCUGAGGUAUGAUUGAUUAAACACCGAAUAGCAUUGAUUAAAAAAAUCUUGAAUAAAUCGAAUAAAUCAUUCACAUCAUAAAUUAUAACAUAAAGUAAAUAAGUUAAUUUUAAAUGUUAGUUUAAAUAAACUGUUACAGAAAACACAAGUUUUUAUCUCAACAUACAAUUAGUGUUGUCUCUUUACAAAUCAAAGGUUUAUUAAAAAAAUUACUGUCUUUGUUGCCUUGCUGGACAGGGUAAAGUAAGACAUUACAUAAAUUUGUUUUCGCCAUUAGUUUUAUAAAUAAUUAAUUUCAUGUUUAUGUAUUACACCCAACAUCACAUCUAAAAUCUAACUAUUAGUAUAACAAAACUGUCAUAAUUUUUUAAAUUUAUUUUUUACAAUCAAAUUAUUACUUGUGUUCUAUACUAUAAACACUGUCCAUAGUAUUUCUAUAUAUAGUUAGUUUAUAUAGUAUUUGUUGAUCAAAAUUAACCAAAUGCCUUACUGCUGUUGUUAGUAAGUGUUACACAAUUAUAGAAAAAAAGUUAAAGUGAUCAAUGUCUUCCAUAUUUUAUUGGUUUAAUCAAGACAAAUCUUAGGAAUAUUGGUCUGUAUGGUGCGGUUAUUUAGUAUAUUGAAACGAUAUAUUGUUUUUUUUUGUAAUCAUGCUAUAUAUGUUUAUUUUUAUUAAUAAUAAAAUGUCUGUGAAUCAUGUACCAAAAUAGGAAAAUUUGCUUUUUAAUGAUGAUUUAAUUAAGUUUCAUUUUGUGCAAUUACACAUGUAGAGUUGUCCUUUUUAGAUGAUUUAUAUGAAAUGUAGUGAGAUGUAGAAUACUUUUAGACUGAUUUAGUUAUAAUCGUUAUGCCUUUUGUUGUAGUU